GGCUCGGUUGACAUCCCUGCUCAAGCGCACGUACACUCUUCAGCGGCCAGCAUUUGGGCUUUCUCCGAAGGAUGGAUUUAUUCGCCAAAGAAAAAUAAUCAGAUUCCUUAUCCAAGGAGCUGGAACAUACCGUACAGACAGUGUCGUAGCUUACUUAAGUCGAAUAAAACCGCGGCUCACUGGACACCGACAGACUCGCUGUUUCCCCUGGGCUCACAAACAAGCAGUGACUAUAUGGAGGAAUUCUGGGAGUGGGAUAUCAAUGCGAAGUCUCCAGCAGCCGUGCUGUCGCCAUGCCGACAAGCUGUUUACUUCCACAUCGACCCUGUCCGGGAGAGCCAGGGUACAGCAGGGGUCAGGGGGACUAAAGGUUUUACACAUGGGGAGCACUACUGGGAGGUGGAGUUUCUGGAGCCCCCCUACGGGACGUCAGUGAUGGUGGGGUUGGGAACAAAGAGUGCACAGCUACACGUGGGGGACUACCAGUUUAUCAACCUACUGGGCGUGGAUGGUGAGAGCUGGGGGUUGUCUUAUAGAGGUUUGGUUUGGCAUAAUGGAAGAAGCAGGAAGUACACCGAGCCGUUCUAUGAGAAGAUGACUGUCAUCGGUGUUCGUUUGGACCUGCACGCUGGGACCCUGAGCUUUUACAGAAACAGGAUCAACCUUGGAGUGGCCUUCACAGGACUGAACAAGGUGGGAGUCCCGUUGUACCCUCUAGUCAGCUCCACUGCAGCAGAGACAGAGCUGCUCUUAGGUACUCGGAGCUGGGGCUUCACCUCCCUGCAGGAGCGCUGUCUCUGCACUGUGCUGCAGCACCUGGAGGAGGGGGCUCCCAUCGACACCCUACCCCUGCCCCGGGAUAUCCGAGGCCAGCUCCAGGCAUAUAAAACCGUGGUUCAAUUGCACAGAGAAAAUACAUGUUGGCGACACCAGUCUGGACUUACAGUUAACAUAUGACUGUGUCAUUUUAACACUGAGAGAAUGCGACAUUACCUUUACAAAAUCUUUAAUGGUAAUGGGGUAGCAUUACAAAAGAGCCUUCUAUUUUAACUGCAGUGUUCCUUUGAACUCCUGUACAACCAACAAGGUUCUUUAUCGGUUCAGCACAUUUUUUUUCCGAGGUGUCACACUGACUCUGCAAAUUAAUUACGUUACCUAU